AUGUAUUCCGCUCACGAUAUUGCUAUUCUAUCAGCAUCUCCGGAUGCUCAGUUACCAGAACAAAUUGAUAAACAACAGCAGCAAGAACCGAUGAACAUUAAAUUCUCUGUAUGGCAUACAUUUAAACAUCACAUUCCACGAUUCUUUCUCACUAUUCUCAUUGAUGUUAUUGCACCAUUGGUAAUCUAUGUUCAUUUUCAAAGAUAUAUGAGACCUGUUUACGCACUUCUGGCUGCUGGUAGUCCACCACUUUUUAUGGUGAUUUUCAAAGCGAUAUGGUUAUGUACAUUCGAUGCACUUGGAUUUCUUGUUUUCUUCUCAUUCGUUGUGACUGCGUUAGUCGCCGUGAUAUCACGCAGUCCAAUUAUAUUAUUAUUGGAAAAGUCUUUGAUAACCGGUGUUUUAUCUUUCAUUUUCGGCGUUACACUAAUCCCAUUUCGAUGUUGUAAACAUCGUUGUCGAUGGCGACCAAUGGCUUAUUAUUUCUAUCAUGAUCUAGUUCCAACUCGACGUGUUGAUGUUGGCCUACCUGAUCAUAUCUUUCCUGAUGAAGGUGAAAAUGUCGAUAUGAGAUAUGUUGAAUUGAACGAAGAUGUUGUCGUACAACGUAUCUCUCACAAGCAAGAAGUUACUCAAGUUUACGAAUGGCUCUUUACAUAUUGUUCAUCGUUUCGUUACUCGUGUAAAGUGAUCACCAGUAUUUGGUCUUUAGGAUAUCUCUCGGAAUUUCUCGUUCGCUUAUCGUUAAUUCUCGCUCGGCUCUCGGUCAACAAAAUAGUCAUCUAUGGGCAUAUUAUACUGAGUACGAUAACAAUUAUCAUGAUCGCUUCGACAGUUCUUUGUAUAACGAUUGAACGAAAAUAUACACUCGCAUUUAUUCAACGAUGGAGGCUACAACAGCUGCAUAAGCCACGAAUUCAACAACAACGAAGACUAUCGAAUUCGUCAUUUUCGACAGUAAUAGUCGAUUGUGAUUCCAGUUGUAUUUUAAGUGUAAACACGUAG